GCUCUGCAGCAUUUCUGAACUGGUGCAGUGGCAGACAGCAGCUCAAGCAGUAAGGUGUGUAGAAAAAGGGGGACUAAACUUAUAAAAAAAACUACAUAAAAAAGCAGACAUCAUGAGCUACGACCCUUAUAAUGCCCGCAGGCCCUGGGAUGAUUACAGGAGCAUCCGUCCGGCCAAAUCCACAAUCUCCUCCUCCAUGUAUCCCAUGCACCGAUCCUCUCCCUCUGUCAAGAGGUCCACUCGGACCACCUUCCUCUCCUCCAUGCCGGAUUCCUUGGACAGGGUGGAUCUUUCCCAGGUGAGCAACCUCAACACUGAGCUGCUCGGCCUGAGGGCCAAGGAGAAGGAGCAGCUGGUGGACCUCAAUGACCGCUUUGCCACCUACAUUGAGAAGGUCCGCUACCUGGAGCAGCAGAACAAGGUGCUAUUGGUGGAGCUGGAAGCCCUCAGACAGAGGCAGAAGGAUCCUUCCCGACUGCACCUCAUUUAUGAGCAGGAGGUGCGCAGCUUGAGGGCUCUGCUGGAGUCUGAGACCCACGAGAAGAUGACCAUGGAGGCGGAGAGGGACCACCUGCAGGAUGUCUAUGGCCAGAUGAAGGACAAGUAUGAGGAAGAGGUGCGUCUGCGAAUGGAUGCUGAGGACUCCGUGCAGAAGAUACGGGAGGAGGCGGAUAAGGCGGUGCUGGCCAACAGAGAUAUUGAUGGUAGUAUCAGCUCCCUGAUGGAUGAGAUUUCCUUCCUCAGGAAGGUCUUCUCUGAGGAGAACAAUGAGCUUUCAUCGCAGAUCCAAGCUGCCAACAUUACUGUAGACAUGGAGGUGGCCAAGCCUGACCUCUCCCUGGCUCUGAAGGAGAUCCGAUCCCAAUAUGAGAAACUGGCCAACAAAAACAUGCAAGCUGCUGAAGACUGGUACAGUGCCAAGUUUGCCACAGUAACUGAGAUGGCCAGCAAGAACAACGAAGCAGUGAGAUCCAUCAGAGAGGAGACUUCAGAGUAUAGGAGCCUGCUCCUGUCCCGGUCCUCAGAAAUCGAAGCCCUCAAGAAUGUCAUCGAGUCCCUCAGCAAGCAGCUAGAGAAUCUGGAGGAAAAGCAGUCCAGAGAAGUUGAGAAGUAUCAGGAAAGGAUAAAUGAAUUAGAGAAGGAUAUAAAUGAUGCCAAGCAGGAGAUGGCACGCUACCUGAGAGAAUAUCAAAAUCUCCUGAAUGUCAAGAUGGCCUUGGAUAUUGAAAUAGCUGCAUACAGGAAACUUCUGGAAGGUGAAGAGUUCAGGCUGAGCUUUUCCUCUUUGCCCGCACUCACCUAAACAGAAAACCAGCCGAACGAGGCAGCACAGAAGCCAGCCGUGCCCUUGUUAAUUUACUUAGCAAGAGGUCCAUUAUAAACUCCCCCUUCUUCUCCACACACUGUGUAUCUGAUUGUCAAAAACUGAAGGUAGAGGAAAAUCUGGACAAAAACAAAAUAAAAAACUGAAAGAAACCACUGCAUUAACUAGCAAAUUGAUGUAAUCCAACCAGUGCACAGUAUCCUUUUGGUAAUAUUAUGUGUAGUUUUCUUCUUCGUAUGGGUGAAUUAUACAUUGCAAUAAUGUUCUUCAAAACUUCAGCUUCAUAAUUAUACAGUAUAUAAUAAGACUUGGUCCACGUAGGAGUCACACUCCAAAUAUUGAUGUUGAAAGCUAAUUAUUAAUUAUUAUGUCUUGCUAUGUCCCGAUUGCCAAAAUUACCAACAGGAUAUUGUUCCUGGUUUUAUUCAGUAAACAAGUAGUAAAAUAUAUAUUUUGUUGCAUAUAAAACUAUCCUUAGGUACAGCAGUAUUAUUUGCAUUGAUCUUCCUUGAUAUUUCAAUUGUUAUGAGCUUCAAAAACAUUUAAUGCUAAAAAAUAGAUUAAAGAAAUGAGCAUCUUAAUAUAUCUGUAAUCGAUUCUAUUGAUACAUAGAAUGGAUAAUGGUAAUACAGUGUAUCUAUCAAAGCAUACAUUAUAUCUAU